GCAAAUCCCAAUUCGCCGCUCAAAGCUCCUCUAUCCAUCCGAAACACAGACAAUCCCUCUCUUCCCCUGCGAAAUAGCCGACUGCAACCGCAGUUCCGAAACCCUAGCCCUAGCAAAUAGCCCUAAAUAAUUUGGAUUUGUUUCUCGUAAUCAUUCUUUCGAGUACUAAUGCUCGCUUUGUUCCGAUCUGUUGCGUUGAGCUCGGAAGGUUGCAUUAUCAGAUUCGAUAAUGAAGGUCUGGAAGGAGAAUCAAUUAGAACUGGCAGUUUGCAACCCUACGGCGUCGUUUCAGGAUUCGUUGGCCUUGCAGAAGGAGCUCUUCCAAAGCCAGAUCGAUCAGCUCGAAGACAUUGUCGUCACGCAAUGCAAACUCACUGGUGUCAAUCCUCUCUCUCAAGAGAUGGCUGCUGGCGCUCUAUCAAUUAAAAUUGGAAAAAGACCUAGAGAUUUGCUAAACCCUAAGGCUAUAAAGUACAUGCAAUCGAUUUUCUCCGUCAAAGAUGCUAUUACCAAGAAGGAAUCUCGUGAGAUUAGUGCUCGUUUUGGUGUUACAGUCACACAGGUUCGGGAGUUUUUUAAUAGUCAACGUUCAAGAGUGAGGAAGGUCGUUAGAUUGUCAAGAGAGAAGACAAUCCGAUCUAAUGCAUGUAAAGAAGUAAGGGAUGGGCUCCCGUCAAGCUCCGAUCCUGUUAUGCCUAUUGAGCCAGUUCCCUUAAACUGUGUAGCUCCUAGUCCUACUAUUUCUGAAGGAGGACCAUCUUGCUCUACACAGGAUGAGGUCCUACCUGGUGUAGAUGACUCGGAUAAACAUUUCCUUGAAAAUAUAUUUAGUAUGAUGCGGAAAGAAGAAACAUUCUCUGGGCAGGUUAAAUUGAUGGAGUGGAUCUUGCAGAUACAAAAUCCUUCAGUACUUCAUUGGUUCUUAAGCAAAGGCGGCGUAAUGAUUUUGGCGACUUUGUUGAGUCAAGCGGCAACUGAAGAACAAACGAGCGUUCUUAAUGUGAUUCUUAAGGUCCUUUGUCACCUGCCUAUACAUAAAGCUCUCCCUGCACACAUGUCAGCCAUUCUGCAAAGUGUUAAUAGAUUGCGGUUUUACAGGUCAUCAGACAUCUCAAACAGGGCGAGGAUAUUGUUAACUAGAUGGAGCAAAAUUUUUGCAAGAAGCCAAGCUAUGAAGAAACCUAAUGCCCUGAAAUCUGCAAGUGAUGUACAGGAUGAGAUGUUGUUGAAGCAGAGCAUUGGCGAAAUUAUGGGCAAUGAAUCAUGGGAUUCAAAUGCUGAUGUUUCUGACAAGGCUCUAACUCCAUACAAUAGUUCAGAAAACUUCAGGAGGUUGGAAUCUCCACAGCCACUAAAACUACUCACAGCAUCCACAGAUGACUCUAAUAAGAAGCUUAUGAGAGGUGUACCUUCAUCCCAAAUAAGGGAGCGGAGAAAAGUUUUACUGGUGGAGCAACCAGGCCAAAGAACGGCUGGAAGGAGCAUGCCUGUUGCAAGAUCAGUGUCUGCUACUCAAGGUCGCCCCCUUUCGGCUGAUGAUAUACAAAAGGCAAAAAUGCGUGCGCAGUUCAUGCAGAGCAAAUAUGGGAAAAAUAGCACAGCUUCUGAUGAAAGUCCCCAAGUGAAGUCUGAAGGUCCAAGCAAAAAUUCCUCUGCUCAAGCCAGCUCGUUAUCUAAAGGUCUUGUAAGGCCCACAAUUGAGGAACACAAAAACCCUGAAAAGCUUCCCUUAAAAGUAUCUAAUCAGCAGGAAGCUCCUCUUGAAAAUAACAUGAGUUUGGACGCAGAGGAACCUGCAUGGAAAAAGUGCAAGAGAGUCCAGAUCCAUUGGAAAACACCGCCAGAAGCCAGGAUUAGUGGUGCCUGGAGGGUUAGCACUGGAGAGAAUAGCAAGGAAGUUGAAGUUCAGAGAAACAGAAUCCGCAGGGAAAAAGAAAUUAUUUACAGGACAUUCCAGGAGAUCCCAUCAGAUCCUAAGGAACCAUGGGACCGUGAAAUGGACUAUGAUGACACGUUAACCCCGGAAAUUCCAACUGAACAAUUGCCUGAUGUUGAUGGUGUAGAAACAGCGGUUUCUCCUCAUGAAACUGAAAUUGAAACUGAACCAAUUUUAGUUGCUUCCAGUUCCACCACCACCACAUCAUCAUCUAAGAAUGGCAAUGCCACCAACAUGCCUGAACCUGAUCUCGAGUUGCUUGCUGUAUUGCUUAAAAACCCGGAAUUGGUUCUUGCCCUGACGACUGGCCAAGGACAAGCUGGUGGCUUAUCAAGUGAGGACACCGUGAAGCUGCUUGAUAUGAUUAAGGCAAAUGGAGUUAGCUCUCUAAGUAAUUUAACUGGAUUAGAGAGAAAAGCUGAAGAAAAGGUUCAAGUUUCUCUUCCAUCCCCAACUCCUUCCAGCGACCCUGUAACGAGUGGAUGGAGACCAGACUUCGCCAAAAAUCCAUUUUCACGGCAGAAUGGAGUAGCUAUUAGAGAAGCUGAUGCCAUGCCAGGAGUUGCCGCCACCGCCACUUUGCGAGAAAACCUUCCGGGUAGCAGUCUGGUGCAGCCUCGGAUAUCAUCCACGACCAUGUUCAUACACAAUCGACAACCAAUCGUCCCACAACCGCCGGCCCACCAAGCAGUUCUUCAAGCAUCAUUGCCCCAAAAAUUAACUGCCCUACUUGAAAAUUCACGACCUCUUCCAAUUCCAUUACUGCACCAAAAUGCUCCCAUCAACUCUGUCACCAUGCAAAGACCAUCCUCAGGAGUAGCCCUAAACAUGGACAAUAUCUCUGUCUCUAGCUUGGCUUUACCUAAUAUCUCGGCUGCUGUGUCGUCUUUAGUGCAGGUUGAAACCUUGAGCAAUGUCCAACCAGCACCACUGUCUAUUGUAGUGAAUCCACCAGAGAGACCACCACAUUCCUUCCCUUUGCCACCCUUGUUGCCAACACCGACGCCAACACAGUCGCCCCUCCUACCCGACCCUCGCCUUUCGACCUAUUCUUGGAGAGUUAGGGAGGGUUCGUCUUCAAAUCCUCUAUCUCAACCUAAUCAAAAUAACCACAAUGUAUUUGUUGGGGGACCUAUUCAUGCUUCCAUGCAGCGAGGUCCUUGGGAGAGAAAUGAACUCGUGCGUGAGCCCGGGUUUGAAUCAUGGAGUCCUGAGAAUAGUCCCAUUAGAUCUCCUCAGUACAUGCCCGGAAGGAAUUACCUGGGAGCCCGGAUGGAUUUGGAUCACAAUUAUAGACCUGAGAGGUCAAGACCCCAAAAUCCUUUGGGGUACCAUGAUCAUUCUAGGGAUGGUAACCGAAGGUGGCGUGACCGCGACCAUGACCGUGACCGUGACCGAAGGAGGUAGUGUAUGGCCUUUGCCAUGGACUGAAAACUGUAACGAUGUAGAGUAGACAUGGAUACCUAUCUGUUCAUAAUGGAGGCGAGUUUCAACUUUUUGGGGUUGGGUUUUUAAAAAAGGGACAUGGGACUAAGAAUCGACUCACCGGAAAAUUCCACCUAGUGGUUUUUUUUUCUUUGAAUUUCUUUAUCUAACAGAGAAAUUAUUUAAAUGGG